AAUCCACUCGCCGGCUGCUGACCCGGGAGGAAAACUUGUCGUCCCAUGGAGUGCGUGAGCUCCUCGGCUUGCUACAGAGAGAUCCCCAACCACUCUGAGGAGUCACUGGCUGAGAAAUUUACAUCUUCAGACGGUGGGCAGGCUGUUGGUAGCUCAAGUGCACCAGUAGGGGGACUAAGCCCUGGAGCCAAAGCCAAGGUUAAUCAAGUAAGAAGAAAUGAGCCUUUCUUUUUGUGGGAACAACAUCUCCUCCUACAACAUCUAUUAUGGUGUUCUCCAAAACCCCUGCUUUGUGGACGCACUCAACCUGGUCCCACAUGUCUUCCUGCUGUUUAUCACCUUUCCAAUACUGUUCAUUGGAUGGGGGAGCCAAAGCUCAAAAGUGCAAAUUCAUCAUAACACGUGGCUUCAUUUUCCCGGACACAACCUGAGAUGGAUUCUGACGUUUGCGCUCCUGUUUGUGCAUGUUUGUGAGAUAGCGGAAGGCAUCGUUUCAGACUCGCAUCGGGCGUCCAGGCAUCUCCACCUUUUCAUGCCGGCUGUGAUGGGAUUUGUCGCCACAACAACGUCCAUCGUCUAUUAUCAUAACAUUGAAACAUCAAAUUUCCCUAAAUUACUUUUAGCUUUAUUCCUGUACUGGGUAAUGGCCUUUAUUACAAAGACGAUAAAGUUGGUCAAAUACUGGCAGUUGGGGUGGGGAGUGUCAGACCUGCGCUUCUGCAUCACAGGAGUGAUGGUCAUCUUGAAUGGGCUGCUGAUGGCUGUGGAGAUCAAUGUCAUCCGGGUCAGAAGAUAUGUUUUCUUCAUGAAUCCCCAGAAAGUGAAGCCUCCGGAAGACCUCCAGGACCUGGGCGUGAGGUUCCUCCAGCCAUUUGUGAAUUUACUGUCCAAAGCUACUUACUGGUGGAUGAACACACUUAUCAUAUCAGCUCACAGGAAACCUAUCGAUCUGAAGGCGAUUGGAAAGUUGCCGAUAGCGAUGAGGGCGGUGACCAAUUAUGUCUGCCUAAAGGAAGCCUAUGAAGAGCAGAAGAAAAAGGCUGCCGAUCAUCCAAAUCGGACUCCCUCCAUAUGGCUGGCCAUGUACAGAGCUUUUGGGAGACCAAUCCUGCUGAGCAGCACAUUCCGGUACUUGGCUGACUUGCUGGGGUUUGCUGGUCCUCUUUGUAUAUCUGGGAUAGUCCAGCGAGUAAAUGAAAAGACUAACACAACAAGAGAAAUGUUUCCAGAGACACUCUCAUCAAAGGAAUUUCUGGAAAACGCCCAUGUGCUGGCUGUCCUGCUUUUCCUGGCCCUUAUCCUACAGAGGACCUUUCUGCAGGCUUCCUACUAUGUGACCAUAGAGACCGGCAUCAACCUCCGUGGGGCUCUGCUGGCUAUGAUAUACAAUAAAAUCCUUCGGCUCUCGACUUCUAACCUAUCCAUGGGUGAGAUGACCCUGGGACAGAUCAACAACUUGGUUGCCAUAGAAACCAAUCAGCUCAUGUGGUUCUUGUUCCUGUGUCCCAAUCUGUGGGCCAUGCCUGUUCAGAUCAUAAUGGGGGUGAUCCUGCUCUACAAUUUGCUUGGGUCGAGUGCACUGGUUGGCGCUGCAGUCAUUGUGCUCCUUGCACCGAUUCAGUACUUCAUUGCCACGAAGCUGGCGGAGGCUCAGAAGAGCACUCUGGAUUAUUCCACCGAGAGGUUGAAGAAGACGAAUGAGAUACUGAAGGGCAUCAAACUCCUUAAGCUGUACGCCUGGGAGCACAUUUUCUGCAAGAGCGUGGAGGAGACACGAAUGAAGGAGCUCUCCAGCCUCAAAACCUUCGCGCUCUACACGUCACUUUCCAUCUUCAUGAACGCAGCAAUUCCCAUCGCAGCUGUUCUUGCGACAUUUGUGACACAUGCGUACGCCAGUGGAAACAACCUGAAGCCUGCAGAGGCCUUUGCCUCUCUGUCUCUCUUCCACAUCCUCGUCACACCGCUCUUCCUGCUGUCCACGGUGGUCAGAUUCGCAGUCAAAGCCAUCAUCAGUGUUCAAAAGCUGAAUGAGUUUCUCUUGAGCGAUGAGAUUGGUGAGGACAGCUGGAGGGCCGGGGAGGGCACGCUGCCUUUCGAGUCCUGUAAGAAGCACACCGGAGUGCAAUCAAAACCAAUAAACAGGAAGCAGCCUGGACGGUACCACCUGGACAGCUACGAGCAAGCACGGCGCCUCCGGCCCGCUGAGACGGAAGACAUUGCCAUAAAGGUGACAAAUGGAUACUUCUCAUGGGGCAGUGGUUUAGCUACAUUGUCCAAUAUUGACAUUCGAAUUCCAACAGGUCAGCUAACCAUGAUUGUAGGCCAAGUGGGUUGUGGAAAAUCAUCUCUUCUCCUUGCCAUCCUUGGUGAGAUGCAGACCCUGGAAGGAAAAGUUUACUGGAACAAUGUAAAUGAAUCUGAGCCUUCUUUUGAAGCAACCCGAAGCAGAAGCAGGUAUUCUGUGGCUUACGCUGCCCAGAAGCCUUGGCUCCUAAAUGCUACAGUUGAGGAAAAUAUCACUUUUGGAAGUCCUUUCAACAGACAGAGGUACAAGGCUGUCACCGAUGCCUGCUCUCUUCAGCCAGACAUUGAUUUGCUACCAUUUGGAGACCAAACUGAAAUCGGAGAGAGGGGCAUCAACCUGAGUGGGGGUCAGAGGCAGAGAAUCUGCGUGGCACGGGCACUCUACCAAAACACCAACAUCGUCUUUUUGGACGACCCAUUCUCUGCCCUGGACAUCCACCUGAGCGAUCAUUUGAUGCAGGAAGGAAUCCUGAAGUUUCUCCAGGAUGACAAGAGGACGGUUGUUCUUGUGACGCACAAACUGCAGUACCUGACGCACGCUGACUGGAUCAUAGCCAUGAAGGAUGGCAGUGUGUUAAGGGAAGGGACUUUGAAAGACAUUCAGACCAAAGACGUGGAGCUUUAUGAACACUGGAAAACCCUCAUGAAUAGACAGGAUCAAGAAUUAGAAAAGGACAUGGAAGCAGACCAAACAACACUGGAGAGGAAGACUCUCCGGAGAGCCAUGUAUUCAAGAGAGGCCAAGGCACAGAUGGAGGAUGAAGAUGAAGAGGAGGAAGAGGAGGAAGAUGAGGAAGAUAACAUGUCAACGGUGAUGAGGCUCAGGACCAAGAUGCCCUGGAAGACCUGCUGGUGGUACCUCACUUCAGGAGGGUUUUUUCUGCUCUUCCUCAUGAUCUUCUCCAAGCUUUUGAAGCACUCGGUGAUUGUGGCUAUAGACUACUGGCUAGCUACGUGGACAUCCGAAUACAGUAUAAACCAUCCUGGAAAAGCUGACCAGACCUUCUAUGUGGCUGGGUUCAGCAUCCUCUGUGGAGCAGGCAUUUUCCUUUGCCUCGUCACCUCCCUCACCGUGGAAUGGAUGGGCCUCACAGCCGCCAAGAACCUCCACCACAACCUCCUCAAUAAGAUAAUUCUCGGGCCAAUAAGGUUCUUUGAUACCACACCGCUGGGGCUGAUCCUCAAUCGGUUUUCUGCUGAUACGAACAUCAUCGACCAGCAUAUCCCUCCGACCUUGGAGUCGCUGACGCGCUCCACCCUGCUCUGCCUGUCUGCUAUUGGGAUGAUCUCCUAUGCUACACCCGUGUUUCUCGUCGCCCUUGCGCCCCUGGGUGUAGCCUUUUAUUUCAUCCAGAAAUACUUCCGGGUUGCCUCUAAGGAUCUCCAGGAACUUGACGACAGCACCCAGCUCCCCCUGCUUUGUCACUUCUCAGAAACAGCUGAAGGGCUCACCACUAUCCGGGCCUUCAGGCAUGAAACCAGAUUCAAGCAACGCAUGCUGGAGCUGACAGACACGAACAACAUUGCCUACUUAUUUCUCUCAGCAGCCAACAGAUGGCUGGAGGUCAGGACGGACUAUCUGGGAGCGUGCAUUGUUCUGACAGCCUCCAUUGCAUCCAUUAGUGGCUCUUCCAACUCUGGACUGGUGGGCUUGGGCCUUCUCUAUGCCCUCACGAUAACCAAUUACCUAAAUUGGGUUGUAAGGAACUUGGCCGACCUGGAAGUCCAGAUGGGUGCAGUGAAGAAAGUGAACAGUUUCUUGACUAUGGAGUCCGAGAACUAUGAAGGCACCAUGGAUCCUUCUCAAGUCCCAGAGCACUGGCCACAGGAAGGCGAGAUCAAGAUUCACGAUCUGUGUGUCAGAUAUGAAAAUAACCUGAAGCCCGUUCUGAAACAUGUCAAGGCUUACAUCAAACCCGGGCAGAAGGUGGGCAUCUGUGGUCGAACUGGCAGUGGGAAGUCCUCCUUAUCCCUGGCUUUCUUCAGAAUGGUCGACAUAUUUGACGGAAAGAUAGUCAUUGAUGGGAUAGACAUCUCCAAACUGCCCUUGCACACGCUCCGCUCCAGGCUGUCCAUCAUUCUCCAGGACCCAAUCCUGUUCAGCGGCUCCAUCAGGUUUAACCUGGAUCCUGAAUGCAAGUGCACAGAUGACAGGCUCUGGGAGGCUCUAGAAAUUGCCCAGCUGAAGAAUAUGGUCAAAUCUCUGCCCGGAGGCUUAGAUGCCACUGUCACCGAAGGUGGUGAGAACUUCAGUGUUGGACAGAGACAGCUGUUCUGCCUGGCCAGGGCCUUUGUUCGGAAGAGCAGUAUACUCAUCAUGGAUGAAGCCACUGCUUCCAUCGACAUGGCCACGGAAAACAUUUUGCAGAAAGUAGUCAUGACAGCCUUUGCGGAUCGCACGGUCGUAACCAUAGCUCACCGUGUCUCUUCUAUUGUGGAUGCAGGCCUUGUUUUAGUCUUUUCUGAGGGUAUUUUAGUGGAGUGUGAUACUGGUCCAAACCUGCUCCAGCACAAGAAUGGCCUCUUUUCUACUUUGGUGAUGACCAACAAGUAGACCAGCGUGAUCUGCUCCGACAAGUGUCUCAUUCUCUGCAUCGGGUUCACACCAUUCUGACUGCAGACCUGGUUAUUGUGAUGAAGAGAGGAAAUAUUUUGGAAUACGACACCCCGGAAAGCCUCUUGGCCCAGGAAGAUGGAGUGUUUGCCUCGUUUGUCCGUGCAGACAUGUGACAGGAUUGUCUCUCAACAGCACAAGUACUUCAAUGCCUACCGUCGGCCCACCUGAGCGGUCUUCACCUUUGCCAACUUUGACGGAUUUCUGUGUGGAGAGUUGAGAUUUCUAUUUCCUGUUUUGGUUUAACAGUUUCUGAGAUACGUGUGUUAUAGGUUCAUUUACUACGAUCUGUCCACACUCGAAAAGUAGGCUACAUUAAAUCAUGCUAGCAGCCUUAAGAGGUAAAGCCAUUGGAGAGAAGUGUCAAGCAUGGGAGCUAAAAUGAGUAAUCUGUGUUACCACACUCUUAGUACUAUCAUUUUUUUUUUUGAGACAGGGUUUCUCUGUAUAGCCCUGGCUGUCCUGGAACUCACUCUGUAGACCAGGCUGGCCUCAAACUCAAAAAUCCACCUGCCUCUGCCUCCCAAGUGCUGGGAUUAAAGGCGUGCGCCACCACCACCCAGCUGUUACCACACUCUUAUUUGGAAGACUAGCAUGACCUUGCUGUUGAUGUGCCCAUGUAGCAGGGUAAAAGAAAAUUCAUUUUCUAACAAAAUACUCACAUUCAUGAUCUACUGUAGGAGAAUAUUUUCUAUGCAUUUAACAUUAUUAAUAUUGGUUUUAACUUUUCCCUUUUAAAUAAUUUCCUGUCAUCAAGAAGCUAUCACAUUUUUGGUACCUCUAUAAAGCUAACCCUUCACAAAAGAAAAGAUCACCAAAAGGGGUUGUAUAUUUGAAAACAUUAUACUUGUAUCCAUUUUCCUCUGUUCAACAAAGAGAAAGUUCAAGUUAGCUUCAGUCCUUCAGUGAUAGGCAACCUAGGUUUUCUAGAGUUUAAUUCUUUAUCAGCCAGGCAAUGACUCUGAACUCUGAAAUGCUAUAUUAUUUAGGACCCAAAAGAAAAUGGAUCAAUGGCCUUAUCUGUUACACAUACACACACACACACACACACACACACACACAUUUUCACAGCAUAGCUUGGCUUUAUGCUAAUCUUGGCAUGUGCACAUUCCUCAGAGGUACCAGGUAUUCCCAGCCAUGCAUCUCUGUGGGAAGAUAGAAGAAUCUCAUGCUCUGCAGUUACAUAGGUAGCAAGGGUUUAUUUUUACUUGGGCAAAUUUCAGUGAUAGGCAUUGAGAUCAUGCAUUCGACCAUUUGUCCUGUUCUAAUUAUGAAGAGCGUACCAGAAGUCUGUAUGAUAUUAGUGUCAUAUUUCAUUCAAAUGCCAAUUAAUAAAGCAAAGCUGACUGAAGUUGCCUCCCCUGGUGUUCCACCAUCCACAGUUUCUGUAACAUUUACCCAGUGGACAUGAGCGCUGCUGAAUUUCAUAUAAGGGUCUUCACAGAAAAUACAUGUUCCUUCCCCGUGGUUCCUGUACUCAUUUUAACGUGUUGUUUAUUCUGUUUCACGACCUACAUACAGUUCUUGUGCAUCAGGAUAUAUCAAGCUGCCUUCAUGGCUAUAGAAUGUAAUGUAAGAAAAAUGUUCAUAAAUAUGGACAAAAAUGGUCCAGAUUACUUAGUUUAAAUAGCUACAUUUUCUUCUGUAUCUAAAACUUCGUUAGAAGAAAGUAAUAGUAUUAUUUGCAGAAAGCCAGUCGAUCACAGCCAUUACCAAUAAGUUCAACCUCAAAGUACUUCAUAAAAAUCUGACCAAUCUACUAAAAUACUGCAGGCGUGAAAGGUUCUGUUGGAGCUGAAUGUCAUGAUGUUUAUCAUCCAGCAAGCCCUCCUUCUCACAUAGCAACAGCAUCCACCUACAGAAGCAGCCCCUCAGUGUAGCCACUUCACCACCCUGUGCACCCUAAGUGACUUUUGAUUCCUUGAACCUUUUACUUACUUGAGGUGAGGAAAUGUCUGAUAAUCUGCAAAACAAAACCUACCAAAUGGAAUCAGGGGCGACAUCUCAGUCGGUCCGGCUGGCAUUGCGUUGCUUGGGCUACCUCCGAUGACAGAAACGUGCUUUUACUGUAGGUAAAACCAUAAGAAAAGAAAAUAAUCUCAAUUAUUUUCAGAGCUAAAGUUUAUAUUGAUCUUACCAAAUCAACACCACACAUAUUUAUUCUAACUAUAAAAAGCAAUAAAUGCAAACAAAACAAAAAAGUUCAUGGUAAAAUGACGGAAUCAGCAUGUGAGUAAGGAUCGCUUUCCUCAAAGGUUACCCUCCCACCCCCGCUAUUUCUCAUGAUUCGUCAAUAUCUAGGUUAGGUAUUGAAAGAUCUUUCUAAGCAUCUGGUACUAUGAUCAGGACCAUAUCCUGCCCAUCUUUGGGCCCUUGGCACUAAAACAAGUGAAUAGAUCCAAGUGAAUAAAGUAAUUUCUCCAUUGACUUUUUUUUUUAACUGCUAGUCAUGUGGCUGUAACUAUGGGUUGCUCUUUAUUAUUCCCUGAUAUGUUUAUUCUAUUUAUUCUCAGUAUAUUAAAUCUGUUUAUUAUGUACACUGUAUGUUUACUCUCAAUAGUACAUGAGAACGUAUUGGCUUACCUUAUACAAUAAAUUAGUCCUUUUGUUUACUCA